UUAGCCACCUGUAGCUCUGCAGCAGGGAUAAGCGUGAAAUGUGACGUCACGGCCACCCUGCAGUCUCCCUGCAUAUCUUGACUUGUACGGUGUAGCAUUCAGCACGUGGAAGUUCAUCAAAAGGAAGGACUGUGUUUUUGUGUAAAAGUAUUGCACGUUUUUCUGUCCACUGCUACUUAGACUGGAUUUAGUUGUUAAUUUAUUCAAAACAAAACAAAAUGCCGAAGAGGAAGGCCACUUCGUCUUCCGUAGUUUCUGAGACACCGGCACAGGAUAGGCCCAGAUCACGCAAGAGACCCCAGACGCAGACCGAGGCCAGGGAAAGUCACGUCCCCAUGUCGUCUCGGACACAGAUGCCCAACGAAGGACAACCCGGUACACCAGCAAUUCUGACUGACGCUCAGAUGAGGGCUAUAACAGACGCAAUAUCGGCGGGGCUAGCCGACAGGGGACCUCAACCGUCACCUAUUCCUGUCGUAGUCACGGAUCCUCCUGUUGGUGACCAAAACGGGCAAGGUAAUGAUGUUUUUGAUUCAAUUUGUUCAGAUUUUUCGGAGGUGAAUGAACAUCAUACAGGGCUUGUGCCCAGUUAUAGUUUUGAGCUGGGAUGUAAUGUCUCUAAUAAGAUCAAAGUUCAAAUUUCAAGCGGGCAGUACGUAAAUCUAGCAAAAUUGGCGACUAAUUUCUCAGACCCGGAUGACGAAACGCAGUACUUUUCAUUUAAAGAGGGCAAUCUGGCAAUGACCCCAAAGAACAAGGUCAAGGCUAUUACGGAUAUCCAAGUCUGGACAAAUCUUUUUCUUGUAUAUUCGUCUAUUUAUGUGACUGCACACCCAGAAUGCGCCACUGCCCUAUUAAAAUAUAUGCACACAAUCCGUUUAGGUGCUAGUAGGUCAUCGGGACUUGGUUGGCGUGAUUAUGAUAUCCAAUUUCGCCUAAGAAAAGGGCAGAACCCCAACAUUUCUUUUGCUAACGUUGACCAGGAAUUAUGGUUGUUGUAUAUGCAGCCCCCUGCAACACCCAACAAUUAUUACACCAAAGAUCAAGGAAACAAAUGCUAUGAUUUUAAUUUUCGGGGUUCUUGUCAAAAAAGACCAUGUUUUUAUAAGCAUCUAUGCAUGCGUUGUUCACUCAACCAUCCGUCUAUCAAAUGUUCAUUAAAUUUACCUGCAAAUCGUUUCAGCUUUAAGCCCACAGUUCAACAGUCAUCUGGACGGGCCUACUCGGCAACAGCCACAAACAAUGCAAGACCAGUGCAGCCAUUUAGACAUUAGUAACAGAGCUACUAC